AUGGCCCACGAGAAUCGGACGUUGAUUGUGAUGGUGGCGCCGUCAGUAUGGUUAGUUUGGGGCGGGGGAUUUGGGUGGAGUGAGACAUUACUUAAGGCAAAAAAAUCUCAAACUACUUUUUGGAAUUUGUAUAGGUAUAGAUGAGAGAGGGGUAGUAGCUAUUGAUGGACAUCAAAAAAUACCUAAUAACCAUAUAAAAACAUAUGUUAUUUAAAAGAUCUUUUAAAUUAUUUUACCGCACUGUCUUGAGCUUUUAAUUUUGCCUUGCAUUAAAUUGCUUACCGUGACUUUUUACACACUUCAUUACCUGAGAACACAACCUGAAGCUUGAAAAGUAAUAUUAAUUUUUUUUGAAUUUAAAAGCGCAGAUUAAAUCAGUUUUGUUUAUUAGUUAAAAACCUCAUGAAAUUUGUCGCAGUUGGCAAAAAGCUUACAUGAUGUCGUCGUGCCAAAACUUUUAUAGCCAAAGUUGCGCCCAAGCCUAAACAGUGUGUAACAUGAGUAUCUGUGACAAUUUUUUUCGGCCUUUUGAUAAUGAAAGAUCUUUUGUGACUAACUGCGCAGCUACGAUCGCUCUUUUUGAGUAUUGCACUGUAAUGCUUAAGAAGAAGGUCGUCGUUUCAUCGCUUGACGCUCUGACCUGUUACCGGUCAAUGAGACAGAUAGGUAGAUCAAGAUAGUUAGGCAAAACAUUCUCAAACUACAGGUAGUUUUGUUAGAAUAGUCAGACUAUAGUCCUCUAGCCAAGCACAUCCUCUAGGCAAACCUAGGAUUUGAGAAAGGCAAUAUAACAUAAUGCCAAGGAUCAGGCGUUUCGCGCUGACGAGAGACAACUGUCUAAUGGGGGUAGUCUGAUUUAUUAGAAAAUAUAUUUUCUAUGAGAUUUUCAGGGAAUAGGAGAGCAUUUAUUGGAAAGAAAUUUAUAUCUUCUGAUUAAGUAAAGAGUUAAAAUUUUAAAAACUUUAAAACUUUAACGCUAAUAUUUUAAAUUUUCCCGAUUGAAAAUCUUCCGUUCCAGGGACAAUGUGUACCAAGACGAGUUUGUCGACAUAAUCAACUUCCAACUGGAAUUCGCAAAGACCUUGCACGAGCACGAGAAUGUCGUACUGAUCGCGGACAAACACACAAUGCCUUAUUUGGAUGGGCGGGUGCCGAACAUGAAGAACCGCCUUCCUUAUGACGCAUUGAUCGAGGCCAACCUCUACGACAUCAACGUGCACGACUACGCGCCGUUGGGAGUGAAGAAUCUGGUCAAGUUCAUUUACAGGUAACCUCUUUUUUCCAUGUUAUACUCGGUGCCUUCGACUAACGCCAGCACGGUAUGUUUUCAGGAACAAGAACAUGGCCGAUAUCAGCGACAAACAGGUGGACGACGGUUUCAAUCGCUUCCUGAUCGAAAACCGAAUCCGUAUUGAUAAGAGGGAGACCGAGUUGGCACUGUCGGGUCGUGAUGUGGUCGACAAUGGGGUGAACAAGGCGGUCGUCUCACAAGUAGGUCAACAUACGACCAUAACGAGUUGGUUUCAGGUGGCACAACGACUGAACGAGAACCGGCUGCCGGAAUGGGGCAUCAUGAUCAAGCUGUUCAACGCGUUUCGAAAAGUUAUUAUUACUCUAAUAAUUUAAUUAAGAUAAGAGGGUUGGUGUUGUAGUAGGUAUUGGUGCGGGGUUUUAGUUUUUGCUAUAACUUAUUUGAGAGAAUAGAUAAUUGUGAACAAAUUUGCCGAAAUUCAGGUAAUAUAGUCUUCAACUAACCUUUAUUUAGAUCAACAUUUUCAAAUUUAGAUUUAUUUUUACGUUACAGUAAUUUCACCGUACCCUUCACAUUCAAAAUAAAAAAAAAAUUAAGAAUCGCUUUUAUCCCCUAAAAUCCGUGCCCACUGCACCCAACCUCUUGCCCUAACAUAAUAAGACAUUAUUAGUUAAUAAGCAGUAAUAAUUAAUAAUGUCUAAUAGUAAUAACUAACACCUUGACCAACGUUUUAACCCGGUUUCUUUCUGUUAAGGUGGUGAUGGUGGAGAAGCCUGAGGACUACGACACACAGCGCCUGGAUGAUAUCUUUUUAUUUAUCGACGAUGAUGUAAGUAUCUAUUUUUAAAAACAAUCAAUCGGUGAUUUAUUUCGAAGCGAUUUUUGAUUGAAUCAGCGAGUUUUAUCGCCCAUUAAUUGCUAACAUAAUAAGAGAUAUUGAAGUGAUCACGUACGUGAUAACAGUAAAAACGCACAUAAGUGAUGUACACUAGCUUUUGGGGGACAUGACUGACCUUUUAGUUGUAAUAUUAAUCAGAAUUUCCAAAUUUAAAAUUUUCGGUUCUAGCUUCGCCUUUUUUUAAACUUUAGCUCCGGCUCCGGGGGUUUUUUAUACUGAAAUUUGACAUUUUUUGGCUCCAGCUCUAAAGCCAAAGCUGCCCCUGAGCCGGAGCAGGUUGCGUAGCUCUUGAGAGCUCUGAUAGUAAAUAUAUGAAAGAGUAAGACAAGAUAGGAUAAGAGAAGGUCGAGUACGAUUAAGAAAAGUACCUUAUAGUAUGGUACUUCAGAGUAGAACAGACUAAGAUAGGAAAAGGAAAUGACAGUAUCAAAUUUGUUACUGUAAAUAGCACAGGAGAAGGUAUACCAGCAUAAGGUAGGGAAUAGUAAAACACUGUAUGUUAGACUAGUAAAACUUGCAGUUUCAUGGUAACCAUAGCUUCCCUAAUAAGCAAAAUAGUCAACAGAGUAGUGACAUCACUUAUGUGUGAAUGUUCUUAGAUCCUAGCCAUUCCUCCGCUCAAAGAACCGGAACGAACAGCCUUGGAGACGGAGAUCAAUCGCAAGUUCAGGAACGAGAUCAUGCUCAUCGAUCUGCCAAUCAGCGGCCUAACACCAAUCGGAAACUGCGGAUUCUACACAGCGGCUCUGACUACUGAUAAGUGAGUUUAUAUCUAAAUUUAUGGUAUCUUUUAUCAAAUUUUACAAUUUUUGUCACAUAAAGUAAGGUUAAUAUCAAUAGCUGGUCAACAUAUUUUUAAAAUUGUUAAACUGGGCGAUUCUACGUACUUUUUGACUUAAAUACCACUUACUUUUACAUAAAAUUAUAGUAAUACUUAUAAUAAUAUGUUCGCCUUUAGAUACGUGUACGUUCCAGUAUACGGCAACGACCCAUCCAACUGGAAUCACGGUUUCAGUACGAUGGACGACAAAAUGGCACUAAACAUGAUUGGAGCCAACACGAGAAAGAAGGUGGUACCAAUCAGUGUUCCCAUGUCAUUCUGUAAACGUAACUUGUCGUUACGGUCGAUUACCUGGACCGUGCAUGGUCAGACGGCCGAUCAGUUGAUCAGUAUACCACGACGAAAGUUUACAUUGUAA